AAUACACCGUCAAACACAGCCGUAUAACUGAAGAGUUCAUCGCAGCCCUUGCUGGAGUCAUUGCUGGAGAAAAGGAUUAAGAGCGUUAGAAGAUACUCCCUGUAAAAAUGUUGACAAAAAUUGUCGGCAAAAGUAGGGAAGCCCGUGAAUGACUCUGCAGUAUCUUCUAGCUUUGGCUUCAGCUAUAUUGUUCACUCUCAAGUAUAAGACCUGUUUUGCUAAACAAUGUAUUGAAUCAUUUCCAACUAUAAAAGGAGUGAAACAAUGCCCGAUGACAGAAGAAGCAUGGCUGCAUGCUGCCAAAAGGAAAAGGUGUGAUGCACUAGCAAAUAUACAAACAUGUGUCCCUGAGCCGGACAGAUUCGUGUACCAUUGUUUGGUAAAUCAGUGGGGUAAUGGGACGGUUGAAGUGUGCGCUCCAAUAUGGAUUCUUACAGGAUAUUGUGGGUACUAUGACACUGUUAUUGGGAAAAUCGUCAACGAUGUUCAGAAGGACUGUACAACUGAUGUUAAUUCCUGUCCGCUUAGGUACAAUUCCUCGGAGUCUUUCAAAUACCCCAGAUGCUAUGACGUUAAGAAGAGUAAAGAAAACACACUAGGGGAUUGUAAAAGCUCAACGGAAUCGCAGAAUGAGUGGAUGAUAAUAGCGAUUAUUCUUGCUAUAUGUUCCUGUAUAAUAAUUGCUGUUAUAUGCUGGUGGUCAAGACGAACAACAGGAAAAUUUGAAUUGAGAAAUCAUCAAAGAGGCCAAAAUUCACACGGACAAGCUCAGGUUAAUGGGGAAGAGGCUUUACCUUUGAAUAAUGAAACUUCAGAUGCUUGUGGAGCUGUUUCAACCAAGGAGGACGCACUCGACGAAAAACGGACAAGUGGCAAUAUAACAUCAAUUGAAGUCUAUGGCAGAGAAUUUGUAUACCAAGCAACACCAUCGAAACAUGUUUAUAGCAGUGGAAGUUCAAAUUAUAUAAACUCAGACCUUCUUGACACAGCUACUUCAGAUGGAAUGGAGACGGAUAAGGGAGAAAAUGCACUUUCAGAAAGCUAUCCUAGGAUGCCAGAUACCUUCAGUACCAAAAAGAGACGAAGAAGAAGGAAGAAAAAUAAACAUCAUAUAGACGAUUUUCGUGUGAAAGGAAAAGGGGGUAAACAAUAAGGACAUACUUUAAUCCGAGAGAAGGAGGGCAAGGGCACUGAUAUCCAUCAGAGUCGGUGUUUUCAUCAAUUACUCGACUAGGCUGCUCACACUUAGGCAUGAGAAGUGUUGAUGGCUGAUGGUUCUGCGGAGGAUAUCUGUCAAGCUGAGGAAUCGUUGAAUCUUCCUCAUCGUUUUCAAUUGUUUCGUACGGAUUUGCCUCAGAUUGUUGAUGUUCAUCAUAGGACAUUGUGUUUGACUCAGGGACAGGCAGUCUUAAUAAGUUUUUAUCGUGUACAAGCGCUUGUAUUGGUUCGUAAUAUACAGGAACGUUUUGAUCAUUUACGAAGUCAUUUACAAUAACUCCUCUUCUUUUCCGACAUUUGUUUAUUGCAUAAAUAGCAGCUACCAUAAAAGAUACUGUAAAUCCUAUCGCAAGAAUUAGGUAAAGCGGAUUGUUGAUAAGUAAUUGAUCAGAUAUAUUGCUACGGAAUCGCACAUUAUUGAAAAUUCCCGAGGAUUCAGUUGACUCUGAAGAAGAGUUGUAAGAUUUGGAUACUGAUAUAUUCUUAAAUAAUGUGACCUUGGUGAAUCUUUCCUCGAGAGAAUUGUUAGUAGAAUAUUUGAUGGUUGUGAUGCGCUGUGUUCCUAUGUUAAGCUGAGAAAUAGUAGAUUGAAAUGAUGUGUGCUUUUCGGUGAUCAUAUGCCUAGCCACUGUAGUGGUUUCUCUAGUUGUGUUCUUGUAUAUAGCUGAAACAGAUAACUAUAUCGAUACUAUAUAAAGUUUACUACUCUUCUAGUUUUUUUUCUUCCAUUUAACUUCACGGUUGUGGUUUUUAUUAAAAAAAAUCAUCUA